AUGGCUAAGCUCCAAGAACAUAACAACCUCCUCUCGUCCAAAGUAGACGAAACCCAGCGGCCGCUUAAUCAGCAGGAAAUGCAGAAUAUCCAAGCUACGGAAUCUUCCCAGAGUCUGCAGACUCCCAGCCGGCAGAAGAAGGGGAAGAAGGGGGCAAAGGCAACUCAUGCGCUUUCCAAACAGCUGGUAGUCCCAGCUCCACAGGACCAGCCUCACAUACCGAAAAAGGUCUACGUCGACUGUCGCCAUCGGAUAAACGACAAGGAGGCCGAACGACAAAGGUCCCCGAUCAGGAUUAAUGCCCGCCUGCGGGACUCACGGAUGAGGGUCCUUGGAAACAAAUCACCCCUUAGGAAGGUCUAA